AUGUUAUGUAUAAUGUUAGUAACAGUUCUAUCCAUAAUGUCGACAAGAACAUUAGCAACAAAAACCUGUAAAUGGUCUGGAAUAUCAUUCAACAUCGCUAAAAGGGUGGAUGACAAUUUAUUAGUUGCUCCUUGUAAUUCGAGAAACAUCACACAGAACACGGUUGAGUUCAAAGUUGGUAUAAUAAGCAAAUUUGAAAUUGAAGGAAUUAAUGCGGAAAUAGAAAUAUUGGCUGACAAACAAAAACCCAUCAAUCCAGUAUCUCAUCAACAAAACAUGGAAACUAUCUGGCAAGAAAUCAGUCAAGAAGGAGAAGAGCUAGCAGAACAGCUGGAUGAUGAGAUUGGCAAAGCUACGUUACUGAUACAAAACGAACUUUCAGAAUUUGCCGUACAUUGGCGCAUGAAUAUUGGUGGAACUAGUAUGGUGGAACUCAUUCUGUUGAUAAUUAUUGUUAUAUUAAAUUGUCAAUCGAUUUUAUUUCUUUUAUAUCCAAAAUGUAGUAGAAAUUCAAAUCAAGAAACCGUUGCUAUCCCUAUGAAUUUAUUAGGGGAAGACCUACACAACAAAAAGGAAUUUAAAACUACCAUUAAGAAUGUUUUAAGUUAUCAACCCAAAUUCCUUCCUCUUGCUAGUUUUCUCCCCUCUCGGGAAUGUCGAGAAUUUUCUCGAAACUAUGAAUCAUUGCUUAUAAAAAUAAAAAGGUCACAACAAAUAAGGUCACAACAAUGUCGAGAAUGUCGAGAAUUUUCUCGAAACUAUGAAUCAUUGCUUAUAAAAAUCAAAAGGUCACUUUUUUUCCUUUGA